AUGGGAAGUAUCUCAUCUAUGGAGGUGAACGUGGAUGUGCUGGAGCAAAUGGACUUGAUGGACAUCGCUGACCAUGAGGCCCUUGAUGUGUUUCUCAACUCUGGCUCAGGAGGAGAUGAGGGAGUGCUCGCAUCCCCACUACCAGACGGCGAAGACGAAGAUGAAGAGGAGGCGGACGAAGAGGUGGAGCUUGUCUACAGGGUGUGUCCACCAUUGCAACGGCAAAAUGACGUCCACCACGGGUCAAAGUCUCGCACGUCGUCGACGUCGUCGGCCUCCAGCGAUAUGAGCGGGGGCGGAGCGGACACGCCCGUCGUCCAGUCAGACGACGAGGAAAUCCAUGCCGACACCCAACUGCUGACCUCCGUUCCUCAUACUAAGGAUGAAGAAACUGAGGACGAGGACGAGGAGCACAGACGCCUUCUGACUCACUCUUAA